UUUCAGUACCAAAAGCGGUAACCCCGAGCUACACUCGGGCUUACCAUGCAGCGUUGCAUAGGGAGUCCCUGCAGCGCUUACCUUGUCCUUCGCUCCCGCAAUGCAUCCCCCAGUGUCCCCGGCCAUCUCCUCCGGCCGAUUUUGGCAUCCGGCUUCCGUGUUCUGGUCCCUGUGACGUCGGGACGUACGGGCGCCGGAACCAGCGGCAAAUUUGAAAUUUUUUAAAAAAUUUCAUUUUUUUAAAAAUGAUUAUUACAUAUGCUUUGUCCUGUCCCCUGCCUGCAUUUUGACUGUUCUUUCUG